UCGUCUCAACUAGCCGCAUCAUCGCAUUUGAACGCAGUCGUUCGUGUGGUUUGCGUACAUUUUUAGUAUUUCGUACCUUUAUUGAACAUUUUAUGUGUUAGUGUUAGUGAUUUUGACAAGAAGAGUGUGCAGAUCGGGCGGUGCCUUUGUCCUUUCGGGAUUAUCAUUCAUCUACAGUGAGAAAAAAAAUAAACCCCCAAUCAAAAUGGAAUGCGGAGUGACGGGGGGCUACACCAACGGAACCACUCCUGCCGGUAUCCUGGCCGACGUCCGGUCCGAAAGAUCGCCCUCGAAGACGGGCCUCCAUGUCAAUUUCAAGGACAAAGGAGAGAUUAAGGAACGCAGAGAGAAGUUUCUCACUGCUAAAUACGGACACCACCAAAUGAGUCUCAUCAGAAAACGAUUGGCUGUGGAAAUGUGGCUUUACGAAGAGCUUAAAAAGCUCUACGAAACUUCGAAACAAGUAGACGAUGUAAAUAACGACGAAGUAGAGGUGGACAUAGAUGAACUGCUAGAUAUGGACAACGACGAUGAGCGAAGGAGGCAUUUACAGAAUUUGCUGAUAAAUGCUAAAGGAUCCCAAAGUGAUGUAAAAAAAUUCAUCAAUGAUCUGUUAGACAAAGCAAAGACUCUGUAAAUAAAAGUGAAGUGCCAAGUAGGUUGAGUGAAGAAGACUACGGCCCUAUGGCGCCCUGUUUGCACAAGUUUUAGUGAUUAUCUAAUUAUUGCAUCAUCGAUGUUGAUCGUUCAAAACUGUAUUCCAUCCUAAUCUAUCAGGAAGGUCAACGUGACUUAAGACAGUUUGGACCGAUUCUUUUGUAAUAGACGAAAUUAGGUUUUGUCGUUGUGGCCAGUUUUGCCAAUUGUUAAUCGAUAAAAAUCUCUACUAAAAUCUUUUUCUAAUUUUUUAUAUUUUUAGCGCUAAUUUUUAUUGUAAUGGAUACAAUGAAUGUUACUAUUUGUGCAUUAAACGCGUGUAGCUAGUCCUGAUAUAGAAUUACGACAUGUUUAGAUCAUAUCACAGAAGCCGCCUUUGGAAUAAUUACAAUAUCAUGGCUUGAGUAGCUCUUUAUCAUUGGUUUUCAUAUCGAAUGUGCUCAAAAUUUUUGUAAUGUGAUCAUGAAUGUGAGCUUCCCCAAAUUUAUUAUCAUACCUAUCGUCAUAUUGGCCUCACUUUGUUUUUGUUUAGAUCAUUUAGUGUAAUAUAAUUGUUUGGUGUACUUAUAAUAUAUUUAUCUGUAAACUGCAAUCGAUCUUGUGAUCUCAGCCCUCUCAAAUCUGACAUGUGUAUCAUAGGAUGUAUGUAGGAAGUUUAUAGUUGUAAGACAUUUUAUGAAUUAAAUAGUUAUGAUCCAGUAAAAUAAUACUUUUACUUAAAAUAUA